AUAUAAACGUGCGGCUGAAAACACAGCAUCCAACGAGAUUAACUACCAAACUCCGACAUCCAUGGCAGCCGUGCACUGCCAUCGUCUUUCCUCUCGUCGUCUGUCCACAGUCGCAACUUUUCUCUUCAUGCAACCAAAUUUCGCCUUCACUUCUCCAUUUCCUCACCUUUACAGCAUCCAAAUAAGACCUCCUAGGCCAAACAAUCAAACACCAACAAUGGGUACUUGGCUAGCAUCAAAGCUUACAUGGAAAACCCAAACUCCAUCUCAGGUUUUGCUAGCAAAGUCAUUGGCUCUCUCCCUGUGAUCGGCCUUGUAGCCAGGAUUUUUAGUGAUGAAGGUGGUGUUGGUGGGGAUAUUAUAGAUUUUGCAGAGUUUAGAAGAAGGGUCGGCAAGAAAUGUACCAUUACUGAUUCUAGAGCCUUCUAUGAGUUCCAAGAUAGGAGAGGCCGGGCAGGGGAUCCUUUGUAUGUUCUGCUAUGCUGUUGGCUAGCAGCUGUUGGUGCUGGUCUUCUUAAAUCCGAGGAGAUAUUGGAAGGGGUAGCAAGGCUUCGGCUUUCAAAUGAUAUUGAAUUUGAAGAGCAGAAUUUUAUUGCAAUGAUGAGCGAUGCAAGAGAGAGGCGAGCAAAGUUGAAUGUUGAGACCCCAACUGUCGCCAUGGAGACUCGAGCUGAGAAGGCUCUAGAUGCAAUUUAUGUCUGUUGCUUUGGGAAAGAUCCAAUAGAAGAGGAAGACGAGAGCUUGCUGAAUAUUAUGCUUAAAGCUGUUUUCCCAACUGUUGAGAAAUCACAGAUACAAAGAAUUAUCAAGGACAAGGCAGUGAAAGUAGCAGAAGGGGGUGAUGCAGACACUGUUCCAGAACUAAAGCCAUUAUCAAAGGAAGCUGUACAAUUGCAAAUGAAAGACCUUGAAUUUCUUAAACAAAACAGGGAGACAUAGAAGAAAUGUUAAACAAAAUGGAAUCCUUUGUUUCUUCACACUACAUAGUGUAUCAGAAGUUGAAGCUAAGAAGAGUGUAUCGGAAGUUGAUGCUAAGAAAAUGGCUCCAUGAUUUCCAUCCUCAAAUGCGUGAUGAAAUGGAAACUGAUACUUCACCAAAAACAUAGACUCCCUGAUCAGUUUGUUCUCUAUGGCAGAUAAAUCAUGGUGGUUGUUUCUGUUUCCAUUCUUUAACCCCAGUCUUUUGGUUUCCCUUUUCUCUGUUUUUUGUUCUUGUUUUUUUGUAGUUCCAAAACCCAUAUUCUGGUGCAAGCUUUUGACAAAGGCACCAUUAAAUGGAACAUCUUGUGAGUGCGAUACAAGUUCAAAGCUCUUCUGCUGAUAAUGAUAAAUUGGGACUCCUUUCACUUACUGUCA